AUGGCAGGAGCAGCAGCAGCGCGCUCUGGCGCCGCGGUGGCGGCGGGGAAGACUCGCGAGGUCGCGGGCGAGCUUCUGGCAGGGUGCAGGGAGACAAUGCAGCCUAGGCCAAGCGCUCCAACCCGAGAUAGAAACAGAGAGGUAGAGGAGAGAAAUAGAGAGAGAGAUGGAGAGCGAGGAGAUGUAGUUAACUCCGGCCCGCCGGAGCACGGCACGCCGCAGCCGGGGUACUGCGAGUGUAGGGCAGGGGAGGUUGCCAUUAUGAAAAGUCUGAGACACCCAAAUAUUGUUCUUUUCAUGGGUGCUGUAACAGAGCCUCCAAACUUGUCUAUAGUCACCGAAUACUUAUCAAGAGGCAGCUUAUAUAGGCUUUUACACAAUAGUUCUGCAAGGGAAGUUUUAGAUGAGAGGCGUCGAUUAAACAUGGCAUUUGAUGUGGCAAAGGGCAUGAACUAUCUUCACAGGCGCAACCCUCCUAUUGUUCAUCGAGAUUUGAAAUCUCCUAAUCUUCUUGUUGACAAGAAGUACACUGUGAAACCUGAAUGGAUGGCCCCAGAAGUGCUUCGAGAUGAACCAUCAAACGAGAAGUCAGAUGUUUACAGCUUUGGUGUAAUUUUGUGGGAACUUAUGACAUUGCAGCAACCUUGGAGUAAUUUAAAUCCAGCACAGGUGGUUGCUGCCGUUGGUUUCAAGGGAAGAAGGCUUGAAAUCCCAGAGAAUCUAAAUCCGAAGGUGGCGGCUAUAAUUGAGUCUUGUUGGGCGAAUGAACCGUGGAAAAGGCCCUCUUUCUCCAGCAUCAUGCAAACCUUGAAGCCACUGAUUAAGCCUUCGCUACCACAAAGUGUACCAACCGACAUGUCACUUGCUCCCUUAUUAACACGCAGAAUGGAGGUUUCAUUCUGUGGCACGCUUGAAUCAUUUGAUUGGGGGUAUGGUGCUUGCCGUUUGAUCUGUUUAGGUCUAGCUCUACAAUCAACUCCUGCCUAUGGUGGUCAAGUCCCUUGGUCAUGUUUGUUCUUUUGUUUCUUGAUCGUUUGCCCUUUCAUUCCUCGAAGAAAUGUGUUGAUAAUGUUGCUGCUCAUACCCAGUAAUAAUGAUCAGUCUAACCAUUUUUAUCGUUAUAACAAAAGCAAAGAGCCUUUAUAAUCUCACUAUUA